AAAAUUGACCUGAACUAUAGGCCCAUAUCUCCUUUCAUCAUCCUCGACUCUGAUUCCCUUCCGGGGACUCCUUGCUCUUUAGGAAUCUCGGAUUGCUGGUUUUUCUCGGUGGUGAAGAGAAUGGGGUCAGACGAGGAGGAUUUCGUCUUUCACGGGACACCAAUAGAACGCGAGGAAGAAAUCGCGAGCCGGAAGAAGAAAGCAGUCGCUGGGGCUUCAGGCAACCUAAGAACUCUACCUGCUUGGAAGCAAGAGGUGACUGAUGAAGAAGGCCGGAGAAGGUUCCAUGGAGCAUUUACUGGUGGAUAUUCUGCUGGGUAUUACAAUACAGUGGGGUCAAAAGAGGGCUGGGCUCCACAGUCAUUUACAUCAUCAAGGAAGAACAGAGCUGGAGCGAGAAAGCAAAGUAUUUCAGACUUUCUGGAUGAAGAUGAAAAGGCGGAAUUGGAGGGCCAAUCACUGUCUGCGAGCUCACAAUUUGACACAUUUGGUUUUACAGCAGCCGAACAUUCUCGCAAGCAAGCUGAGAAGGAACAGCAUGAAAGGCCAUCAGCCAUUCCUGGCCCAGUGCAUGACGAACUUGUUGCUCCAGUUUCAGAGUCAAUUGGAGUCAAACUUUUGCUAAAGAUGGGAUGGCGGCGUGGUAAUUCAAUAAAGGAUGUGCGUGCUAGUUCAGAUGCUCGUAGGGAAGCUAGAAAGGCAUUCUUAGCCUUCUCUGCUGAUGAGAAUACAAAGGAAACUUCGGACUCUCUGGUUUUGGAGACUGACGUGGAAACUUCUCUGGAUCCACAGUGUAAUGAAGAUAUUAAAGUUUCUGAAACCACUCCUGUAUAUGUCCUCAAUCCAAAGCAGGACCUGCAUGGUUUAGGAUUUGAUCCUUUUAAGCAUGCUCCUGAAUUUAGAGAAAAGAAAAGAUCUCGCUUGUCUGCCAGUAAGGAGGCUGGUUACAGAAAACCUUUGUCAAUGAAGGAAAGUCUUUUCGGACCCAAAUGUAAGAUUGCUCCUGGUUUUGGCAUUGGGGCACUUGAGGAGCUUGAUGUUGAGGAUGAUGAUGUCUAUGCUGGUUAUGACUUUGAUCAGACUUAUGUCAUAGAAGAUGAACAGCCGGCCAGACCGAGCAAUGACAAUAGACUGAGGUUAACCUCAAAAGAGCAUAACGUUCUGCCAGGUUUUGGAGCUGCUUCGAAUACUGACUACAGUGUCGAGAGAUUUGAUCCUCCGAAGAUCCCAAAGGACUUUGUGGCACGGCAUAAGUUUUCUGGUCCCCGGGAGGCUGAAACUAAACCGACUACUUCUGCUCCUCCAGAUGUUCCACCCCCUGAAGAUAAGAAUCUGAAACUUUUGAUCGAUGGAAUUGCAACUUUUGUUUCCCGUUGCGGGAAACUAUUCGAGGAUCUUUCUAGAGAGAAGAACGAAUCAAAUCAGUUGUUUGAUUUUCUUCGGGGAGGUAAUGGUCAUGAAUACUAUGUUAGAAGGCUGUGGGAGGAGCAACAAAAGCGCAGUGAUCAAAGUAAGCUGCUAAUAGAGGUUAAGGUCUCUCCAAGCGUGCAGAAAAUGACUGCAGAAACGCGUGGCAGCUUACUAGGGGAAAAGCCUUUGCAGAAAAGUUUGAAAGAAACUGAAACUUCUGCUUCUUCUGGAGGAUCCUUCCAAUUCCCAACCAAUCUCUCUGACACCUUCACCAAAUCAGCUUCAUCACAAGAGGCAGCAGAUGCUGUCAAGCCCUUCAAAGAUGACCCAGCAAAACAAGAAAGAUUUGAGCAGUUUCUCAAGGAGAAAUACAAAGGAGGGUUACGUACAACACACUCCAACAGAGUUAACAGCAUGUCGGAAUCAGCCCGUGCUCAAGAGAGGCUGGACUUUGAGGCUGCAGCUGAGGCAAUUGAGAAAGGGAAAGCUUACAAGGAGGUCAGACGGGCUACUGAACAGCCUAUCGACUUCCUUGCAGGAGGGCUGCAGUUUACUUCUGGUGGAACAGAGCAAAUUAAAGACACUGGAGUGGUAGAUAUCAAAACGAAUAAGACAUACCCUAAAAGGGAAGAGUUCCAAUGGCGUCCUGCAUCUCUUUUGUGCAAGCGUUUUGAUCUCCCUGAUCCUUUCAUAGGAAAGCCGGCAACUGCUUCACGAGCGAGAAACAAAAUGGAUUCUCUCAUAUUCUUGCCGGAUACAGUGAUAGCUGCAUCUGGGUCGGGAGCAAGCCUCUCCGCACGUCAAGCCUCUGAUUUAAACGAACCUAAAAAAGAGACAUCAGUAGAAGAGCCUGAAGUCGAGGUAGAAGUGGAGAACCUGGAGAGACCUGUUGAUCUUUACAAGGCCAUUUUCUCUGAUGAUUCCGAAGAUGAUGAAGAACAACCUAUGAAUGGAAAGAGACAAGAGGGUCAAGAGAAGAAGAACGAAGCGGCUGCAUCAACAUUAAACCGACUGAUAGCUGGUGAUUUCCUAGAAUCUCUAGGGAAAGAGUUAGGUUUCGAAGUACCUUCUGAUGUCACCACGUACCCAGAAGGAACCAAGCCAAUGGAAGAAGACAACAAGCCCAAAGGCAAAUCCGAUGCAUCUUCUGAGAGAAUACCUGGAUUGAAAGAGAAAUCGAAGGAGAAGACGACGAGCAGCCUCACACUCGUGUCUGAAGAAGAAAAGAGUAUUAAAAAGUCGCCAAGAAAGCGGAGUGGCGGGAACGAUCCGUCUUCCAGUGAAUCCUCAGGAGAUGAACGGAGGAGAAAACGUUCCAAGAAGGAUAGGCAUAGAUACAAUGAUUCAGAGAGCGAUUCGUCCAGCGACUACCACAACCGGGAUAAGCAAGGCUCGAAAUCAAGAAGAAAGCGGAGAGAAUCUUCCAGAGAGAAGAGAAGUAGCCACAAGAAGCAUUCAAAGCAUUACAAGAUCAAGAGUUCCUCUUCUUCGCGGUACAGCGCGGAUGAAGAACGGAAAGAGUCAAGGCGGGAGAAGCGGAGGCCACGAGACUGAAUACAAAUCGGAGUUAUUGGCUGACUUUUAACUCCGGAAAAAUCAGAGCACUUGCUUACAUCUUUUUGUGAACAUUGAAAAAACAAUAUAGAAUUAAGUUAUGCAAUUGAAUGAUUCUCUGCACUGUCUUGAUGGUGAGGUUGUAUAGCAAAUGAUGAGCUUAGUUAUAUUAUAUCAUAUGGUUGCGUUCAACGUAGAAGUAUUGUAUGAUCGAUUGACUUGAUUUUUGGUUCAGCCUUUUACUUAUUAGAUAAAACCAAAGCUAACAACUGUUCCAAUAAAAACCCUUUUCUCUAGAGCGUUUGAAAUUAACGAAACAAGACGCCAGUUAAAAUGGAGGGGAGAGACUUGCUGCUGCUACAUCGAGCGUUGCGUUUUGUUGGGAAGAAUCUAAAACGGCACGAGCGGUCUCCAAAACGCCUUGACCGCUCACAUAGUGAUUCCGACACACUGGCAUAUACACUUCGGCUCCUCCGAUCAAUUCCGUCUCUCUCUCCUCCGUCUUCCUCAGCGUAAACAAAGCUCUCUUCCCACACACCUCGCACCUUGACGACAGCUUCGUCACCGUAUCCGCAAUCGGAAUUAUAUCCAGCACCGACCCGAACCUCCUCCUCAGAUAAUCCCCGUCCAGUCCAGCUACAAUUACCGUUUUUCCCUCCUUAUCGGCAGCUUCGCGACAAAACUCGUAGAGGUCGCCGAAGAACUGAGCUUCGUCGAUCCCAAUCACAUCCAAUUGAUUCUCGUACUUAUCCAAUCCGAACCUCUCUUUGAAACACGAUAGAUCCGGGAGAGGCCAGCAAGGGAAUUUCUCUCCGUCGUGGCUCACUAUCGAAUCAACACAGUACCUUGUGUCUUUAUCCGACUUGAUAAUCGCUAUCUUCUUCCCGUUAUCCCUCUCCGAGAGCAUCCGGCGGAGAAGCGUCGUGGUUUUACCGGAGAACAUAGGACCGACGACGACGUGUAUCUCGCCGGGAGCGGAGAAGGAGGAGAACGGCUUAGAUGCCGCAUCCGUCUGUAAUUCCCUGGUGGAAACCGAAGAGCGAAGCGGAUCGACGGGGCAUCUGUUGAGCGCGAAGGCGGAAUUGGCGAGAGGAUGACGGGAGACGCGAAGAACCGUGGAGAAGAGAGCUGGUUUAGGGAGAUGAAGAGAGAAGGACGCAAGAGAUGGAGAGAUUAUUGUUCUCAUCGAAGCAGCAAACAUUGAGAUCCGUUUGAUUGCAGAGGAGGAAAAUGAUGGAAAAGCCGCAGGAAUUUUUUGCUAGGGUUUAAGCAUAUUUGUUGAAAUAGGGAAGAAGGGGUUUAUUAGAGCA